AUGGCUGCUGGCCUGGAUCGGCGUACUUGAGGCUUGACGUGACAAAAGACUUGCCAGGCUUUAACGUGUCUGUCCCAUUAAGUCUGUAUUGGACCGACGCCCAAGAGAUUUGGCUCCAAGGGCAUGUUCACGCGAAUGUUUAAUUUCAUGCUCAUUGACUACGAUUGGUACGACAUCUAGCGGUUUCAAUUCAUACUGCAGGUAGAUGGUCUCUUGCUGUAUCCGUCAAUCACUCAGCGCCUGUUAUUUUAGCACCUCCGGGGGCAUGUGUGGCCCGUGACCCGUGGCAGGAUCAGGGGGCGAGUGUAUACAACACGGGGCGCAUUGCUCGCAUGUUUGGGUUCAAUAGGCGGCGUGUCGAGUUCCUGGCAUUCCCACGUUUAUAGAGUUCUUGUUACUGAGAACUGUGGACAGCUCCAGGGGUUGCUCCGGGGAAAUUAGAUGCAGGAAAGGGUGGAGCUUCUCUUCAAUUUAAGCUGCCAGACAACUGACACAGACCAGGCAGAAAGGGAGACCAUUACAGAGGACAAUCUAUUGGAUACAGGGAUCUGUUCUGGGGCAUGCACCAACUGACAUGGGUUCCAGAUACACUCUGUUGUUGCUAUAAAACUGCCAGUACAAGCAGCCUGACUGGUUGUUGCCUGUCACAGUGGAAGAGGAGGAAGUCAAAACAACCCUGACUCACUCCAGGGAGAAUCAGUGCGUACUAAAUACUUGUUACUCUACAUACUCCGCUUAACUGCGGCCGACAUCAUUGCAUGAGAAAGCCAAGCUUUAUACGAGAUAAGAGAGAGGCCAGAUUUCUUCCUCAUUGACAGUCUAACAGUGUACCGGCCUGACCUGCAGUAACUGAAAAGGACAGCUAUAAUCAUGGAAUGAGGGACAGGGCCAGGUCCCAGCAACAAGGCAAGGAAUCGGUGCCAGUUUUCUCAGAAACACUCAUCCGUUUCCAGCAGAAAAUGAUCUAACCAGUGCUCCUACUCACGAGGGAAUAAUCCGAACGAAAGCGGGAGUGAGCGCAAUAAAGCAUGGGAGAGGAAGGUAAUAAACAAGACAUGGAGCCACGUGAAACAACAAGGAGAAAACGCUACUCUAUCGAGGAAACGAGAGAGGAGAAACCCAAGAGACGGUUGCGAAAUCAGCCGGAAAUAACGUCCUGGACUGUAGGAGGUGUCAGUUAUAAAGUGGGAGAUUGUGUGUACAUCGAUAGCCAGCGUGCAGACAACCCUUACUACAUCUGCUCUAUCCAGGAGUUUCGCAUGACAAAGAAAGAGACAGUUUAUCUGGAAGUGAAGUGGUUUUACAGAACGUCAGAGGUUCCUGACUCAGUCUACCAUCUCUUGGUACAGGAUAGGAACUCAGAGAACAGUUCAGGUGAAGAUUCCGUGAUUAAGGAAUCCCUUAUGAAGUCCAGGGAACUCUUCAUCUCCGAUGCCACAGACAGUUAUCCUGUAUCUGCUCUCAGGGGAAGGUGUUGUGUGCAUCACUAUCCUGACAUCAUCGCUGCCAAAGCCUUUGAACCCAACCCUAACACCUUCUUUUACAUCCUGGGCUACAACCCAGAGACGAGGAGGUUAAACGGCACACAAGGGGAGAUCCGAGUAGGCCCCAGUCACCAGGCCAAGCUGCCAGAGUACAACCCUAACAGGCCGGAUGACCGAGAACUUCAGGAGGAGCUGGUCUGGACCCCAAAGGUCAACGACUGUGACCUCCUUAUGUACCUCAGGGCUGCAAGGAGUAUGGCAGCGUUCGCUGGGAUGUGUGAUGGUGGUUCCCCUGACGACGGUUGCCUAGCAGCAUCCAGGGAUGAGACAACCAUCAAUGCCCUUGAUACACUGCACCAGUUUGACUACAACACAGGAAAGGCCCUGCAGGCCCUGGUGAAACGUCCCGUCCCCGUAUCGGCGGACAGGAAGUGGACAGACGAUGAAACGAAACGCUUCGUGAAGGGGCUGCGGCAGUUUGGCAAGAAUUUCUUCCGUAUUCGAAAGGAGCUGCUUCCAGAGAAGGAAACGAGCGAGCUUGUUGAGUUCUACUAUCUGUGGAAGAAAACUCCAGCAGCAAACAACUGCCGCCCUCACCGCAGGCACCGCAGACAGAGCACACUUAGGAGGGUCCGUGGAGUGGGGUCGCGUGCUGGCAACGGGAACAGGCCUCCCUCUUCUGAAUUCUUGGACCUGAGCUCUGCCAGCGAGACAGAACUGGAGAACGUGGACAGUGAGGACAGCGACUCACGCGAUCUCAGCGCCUACGCUUGCAGACACUGUUUCACUACAACUUCUCGAGAUUGGCACCACGGAGGCCACGAUAAGGUCAUCCUUUGCACAGACUGUCGGAUCUUCUUCAAGAAGUAUGGGGAGCUUCGGCCGAUAGAGACUCCGCGGGAACCCCCGCCAUUCAUGUUUAAACCUGUCAAAGAGGAUAAGGACGAUGAUGCAAUGAAUUCUGGGAAAGCUGGUAUGAGGACACGGCGCAAUAGGGAUGGGGUGCAAUCUAGACACAAGGGGAAGGCCAGCUCCAGCAGUCCUUCGGAGUCUUCCUCUCCUGUCAAUCACUUGGCCAACGCCCGUCACCUGGGACAGAAGGGGCGACAGUCUCCCAGCACGGGCAGCACCACCAGCAACAGUAGUGACAAGUCUGUGAAGAAGAGAAAACUUGGAAAGGGUAAUAAGGAUGAGGAGAAGGGCAGUAAGAAACGUCACCGAGACAAGAGUCUGUCAGAGGAGUCUGAGGCGACCAACUUAGAGGAAGGACGCCAUAAAAAGUCGAAGCAGACUUCUAGUCGAUCGGAGAGUCCGUCAGAAGCUGCCACCAGUGACAGUGGGAGCAUCAACGAAGAAAGCUGCAGUGGGAUACAGGAGUAUACCAAUGAGGAUGAGAACUCAUCGCCAUCGAGUCCAGAAAACGACAACGACAGUGACUACGAGCCGCCAGCCUCCACCGCUCGCGAGGACUCGCAGCCGCCCAGUCCUGUUCCCAUCAAGCCCAUCCCGCAGGUGCCACGCCUACCCACGCCCCCUCCCAUGCAGGAGUUACCGGCCACGCAGCCACCUGUACCAGCUGCGGCACCUGCAGGCCCACCUGUUCAGCUGCCGCCACACCCCCUCCCUCCACCUCCCAUGCAGGAGCCAGACGUCCCCCCACCAGUGCCAAGACUUCUCCCCCCACCCCCACCACUCCAGCCUGCUGUCCCCCUCAUCAUCCCCAAACAGGAACCCAAGUCCCCCUCUCCUCCCCCCAGAGAACCCACACCCCCUCGGGAGCCCACCCCCCCAGCCAGCCCAGGCACCCCCCCUUCCAGCCCAGAAGUGCCCAGAAGCCCCCGGAGCCCGUCACCGCCUGCAGUGGUGGUUGACAGACAAGAUCACGUUAGUGCCUCAGCAAGAUUUAUCCGCCACCUUAGUCGUCGUGACAACACGUGCAGUCGGACGGACCUUACGUUCGUUCCACUGGAGAACACCAAGCUCGCCAAGAAGCGCGCCGAGGCCACCAAGAAGGCGGAGCAGGCCAAACACGAGGAAGAGAGGAAGAAACAGGAGGACGAGAGGGAGACGAGAGAACGGGAACGGGAACAGGAACAGGACCGGGAGAGGGAGGAGAAACAGCGGAGGCCCCCGACCUCCCCACCCCCGCGGUGUUCCACAGCCGAUGUCCAGAUCACAGGCCCACAUGUCCACCACCAAGGGCACCACGGCCAGGGAUUCCCCUCGUCCCUGUCCUUCCAACAAGGACCCUUCAUCGGGCCGGACACCCCUGCCUUACGCACGCUCAGCGAGUACGCCCGUCCACACGCCAUGGCUUCCCAGGACCCCAACAUGCCUUACCACCUCCCGCCCGGCUUCUUCAUUCCCGGCGCUCCCGAGCACGAGAUACGGGAGCGCGAACUCCGCGAGAGGGAGAUGAGAGAGCGGGAGAUUCGGGAACGCGAGCUGAGGGAGUCGGGAUUCAAACCUGGAUACGAACUCAAAGCAAUGGAGCACGAGCAGAUCCGUAUGAGCCAGAUGGAGAUGCACAGACUGUGGCAGGGCCACCCCAUGGCUCCCGGCCACCAGCCGGGCACCGCCCCUCCCUUUGCCAGCCCGUUUGGACCUUACGCCCCUCCCGGCAGCUCGGUACUAGACCAGAGAGAGAGGAUGGCCCACCCCAUGCACCACAUGGCCGAGUCUCCUCACGUCAACCCUGUGGAAAGACUAAACGCAGAGAGACUGCAGGCGGAGCGCAACAUGGCGCUGGCGAUGGACCCCAUCGUGAGAUUACAGCUGCCUGGAAUCACGCCGCACCAUCACCAACAUUCCCACUCCCACACACACGUACACCUGCAUCCUCAGGACCCGCUGUACGGAGUACCGCCUCACAUGAUUGGUCCCCACCCCUGGCCGGCGGGACUGCCCCCGCCGCCUAACGCGGGAACCCCAUUCCAGCCGCCGUCGCCCUUCCUACGCGGUCCGACGCCGUUCCUGACGCGGGAGCAUGAGAUUCAUCGAGAAACGGUGCUGUCUCGCCAGUAUGAAGGGCUGAUCCCACCGUACAUGAGCGCCUCCCAGCAGCUGUCAGCACAAGCGCAGGCCGAGCAGUUGAGACUGAUCGAGCAGCAGCGGUACAUGCAGCAGCAUCAUGAGGACUAUCUCAGGAGACUGCAAGGAGAGGGAGACAAACCCCCAGGACCCCCCUAACGGAUGGACCUGCCCCCUAAACCAGCUGUAGCCAUACAACAGUUCUUCUCUGUAGAAACUUUGGCAUCAUGAAACUGCACAAUCAGGCAAUACAGACUUAUGGUUCAGGAAACCUUUAAUGGCCAGACGUUCCACCAACUUCAACCCUGAGUACAGAUGGACACAGUCAGACAUUCCCCAUCUUACACUUCAGCAGGGUUGGUAGGACUUCAACACUGCAACAUGAUCACAUGCAUCAUUGCAGACAUGUGUGUGUGGGUGGGUGGGUGAAGAUGGCGCUAAUACUAGGCAGUGCAGUUUGGGACAGCUGAGCCUAUGUUGUUUGCCUGUGGCAGAUAUCUAGGAAAAUUGUGACAGAUUAGAACAUACUGUAAGCAACUGUAUGUAAGCUGUAAAAAAGAAAAAGUGUAAAUUAUUCUUGUUGUCCACAUUUGCAAUCAAAGUCCCUUGGUGAUGAAGAUGUACAUGUCCAAGUAAUUAAGAUGCAUCCGUCAAUAUGAUAGCAAUUUUCGGGGAACUCCUACAGAGUUGUUGCUGUCCAACCUCCUGUGUUAGUGUGUGAAACAAUGUUAUUCUAGAUGGUGUAACAUGAGGCCAUCCAGCCACUGUACUUCUCAGUUGUUAGUGUGAUUGACAUGCAAUAUGGACAAGGUCCCUUCAGUUGGAAGCAUGUACUGUGAUCAGUGCACUGCUAGAUGUAAACUCUGCCUUAGCUCUCAUGUAGAAAGGACUCUAUUUGAAUUUUGAUAUACAAACAUUUUAUCCAUGCUUACAGUGUGUUAUGGUAUAAACAAAUGCAACAAUACAUGUUUUAAAUGUCAGCUUCUCCAACUGUUGCAACUGGUAAAAACACACUUUUUUUGUGCAAGGAAAAGACAUCUUAGUGGAUGUAUAUGUGGCAACUAAUCAGAUCUCUCCAACAGUGCAAAGUCAGAAUCUGUUCAAGAUAGAAUGCAGUAGUCACAUCAGAAUGUAACCAAGGUUGUCCUUUCUAAAGACUUACAUAGUUUAUCACAGAAGUGAGUCAGCUUGUUUGAAGCGUUAUGAAAAGUUUGCUACUGUAUUUUCAGGAGAUCUUUCAAAGGUGCUGUAUGUAUAUUGUAUAAAAAGAAGCAUUGGUCUAACAAAGUGUUACAUUGUA